GAUUUUCGGUUUGAGGAAGUACCUUCUGCUUGGGCUUGGGCUCACCAAACUGCCUGCAGCUGCGCCAAAUCUCGUGUCUUCAACCUGUCCUGCUCAUGCCGCUGCAACAUUGACGCAGAUCGACUCUACCGCAAAGUGCCUGGUUCGAUUGCCUAUGCUGUGACUAGACUCGACUUGCGGCCGUAUGGGAUCUUCUUUGACCAGACGAUGGCGAAGAAAUCGCGUCCAGCAUCAGGCCCAACAUGUUCUCCUUUGGCGGUUGCGACUGGAAGAUGCGACGGCCGUUUCCUGCCAAGGUCGAAGAAGACGACACGAACUGGUGUCCUUUCCUUCACCAGAACCCCUCUAGCUCCCUUUUACCCACCCACCCUUGCAGACCACCUUUGA